CAGCAGCAGCAGCACCAGCAGCAGCGGAGCCGUCGAUGCCCUCUCUUCAGCGCCCAUUCCAGCUCCCCCUCAGGCCUCGGCCGGAGCACCGGGAGAGGAAACAGACAGUGGCUCCUGCUCUGACUCAGACACUGCAGUAGACUCCAGUUCCUACACGGAAGAGGAAGAAGACGAGGAAGAUCCCAAUAUGUUUUCCUCUAAAUUUCUCAGUGGGACCAACCCGCUUAGUGCCGUGUCCUCUGCAGUCAACAAGUUUGGUCUGUUUGGUGAUGACGGGGAUGGGGAUAAAAACCAGAAAAGUGGAGAGCAGCAGCCAGAUGUAAACCCAGGAAAAGGCCAGCCACGACAAAAAGAACCCCCAAAACCCUGCCAGGGUGCUCCUGUGCAGAAGAGCCAGCUUCCUGCAAAACAGGGGUCGCCGCAAUUGCACGGCAAUGGACAGACGGGGCCCCUGAAACAGCCUGAAGGUCAACAGAAAAGUUUGCAGCAACAGGGUGCAUCCAAGCCUGGAGGUUCACCGCAGGCUCAUGCAGGGAUCAAAAUGCAAGAGUCCCAGCGAGAAACAGCGAAGGUUGUACAGCAACAGCAGCAACAGGGAUCUCCUAAACUGUCUCAGCAACAAUCAGUUCCACAGAAACCAUCUCAGCAACAAUCAGGGCCACCGAAACUGUCUUCACAACAACAGGGAACACCUAAACCGCCCCUGCAACCGCAGGGGUCCCCUAAACAGUCUCAGCAACAACAUAUGUCCCCUAAACCGUCCCGGCAAGAAUCGGCACCACAGAAAACAUCACAGCAACACUUGGGAUCACCUAAACCAUCCCCACAACAACAAGGAACACCUAAAACCUCCCCACAACAGAAUCCCCGCAAAGCCGCCCCGCAGCAGGCCUCGUCCAAGAUAGGCGCACUCCAGGUGGCCCAGCAGCAAGGACCAAAAGGUGCCGCCACACCAGAACUCACGCGAGGGUCUUCAAUUUGUCCCGUUUGCAACACGACCAAACUCAAUGUGCACACCAAGGAAGCACCAAACCAUAAAACAUGCACGCAGUGCAAAACCCAAGUUUGCAACCUGUGUGGCUUCAGCCCUCCUGACGCCGAUGCAUCCGAGUGGCUUUGUCUCACCUGCCAGAUAAAGAGAGCUGAAGGACCCCCGAUCAAAAAGCCAACACCAUCCCCCUCUAGAAUGCCAUCGCCUGCUGCAUCAGGUUCAACCAACAGGAAGCAAAAUAUACCAGCAGCCAAAAGUGAAGCUCCCACAGGCCAAGCAAGUCCCAAGCAUGUCGGGACAGACUCUCAGAAACCGCACCCAGAGAGAAGCGGUCCAGCAGCAGCCAAUACUAAAACAGCAAAGCCUGAGGAAACGGUGACUGGCAAAAUGUUUGGAUUCGGUUCUUCCAUUUUCAGCUCUGCAUCAACAUUGAUAACCUCGGCGGUUCAGGAUGAGCCCAAAACCACACCGCCGGUUUCACCCAAAGUGCAGACCAAACCUGCUGCCGUCCAGGAGAAGAAACUACAGCCGGAGCAGGCCAGGGUUCCUCCUCGAGGACGUUCUCCAUCAGACCCUCCGCAAUCACCUGGGCACCCUCCCAAAAAAGGCCAAUCAUCUUGUCCUCUUUGUCAGAUAGUGCUCAACGUGGGCUCCAAGGACCCCCCAAACUAUAGCACCUGCACUGAAUGCAGGAGCACUGUAUGCAACCAGUGUGGAUUUAACCCCAUGCCAAAUGUGAAGGAGGGCAAGGAGUGGCUUUGUUUGAACUGCCAAGUGAAACGUGCGACGAAAGGAAUCGAAUCUCCCAAACUUCCCAAUUCCCCGUCGAAAAGGACACCCGGACAGCAUGUACCGCAAACGACUCCUGCACAGUCAUGCAAGGCUGAAGCUGUUAAAGCACAAGACAGUCAGAAACAGGCCAGCUCAGCUCCUCCUCAGAAAGCACAGCAGGACAACGUGAAGGCAGAUCUGCAGAAAAAAACUGAGCAGUUACAAAAACAGGGCAACGCCACUGAAGCUCCACAGCAAGAGUCAGGGGGUUUCUUUGGUUUCGGCAGUCCUAAAAAGCGGCCUGAUGCGACUAAGCCUGCCGACUCAAUGACGGGAAAGAUGUUUGGAUUUGGUUCCUCCAUAUUCAGCUCUGCCUCCACUUUGAUGUCCUCUGCUGUGCAAGAGGAACCAAAGCCGACACCUACACUGGCUUCUCCCAAGAUGCCUACUUCUAAAGAGUCUCCAUCUCUGAAGAGCCCACAACCAGAAGAGAAAACAGAACAAAGCCAGCAGCUGAAAGGAGACAAGCUUUCAUCAGAACCAUUGAAGAAAGUAUCCGCUCCCCUUGUUAUUUCGAAACCUCCUCAGUCAUCCUGUCCUGUCUGUAAAUCACAACUCAAUUUUAGCUCGAAAGAUCCCCCCAACUACAACACCUGUACAGAGUGUAAAAACACGGUCUGCAACCAAUGUGGAUUUAACCCUGUGCCAAAUGUGAAGGAGGUGAAAGAGUGGUUAUGCCUCAACUGUCAGAUGCAACGUGCCCUCGGAGCAUCAGAGCCUCCGGGAAUGCCGAUGAUAAAACCAGGGGCCUCGCCAAACAAAGCUCCUGGGUCUGUGACUGUCCCCAAAAAGGAAACGCAGCAUAAAUCUCAAACAAAAGACGACCCAACACCUCCUGAGUCCAAAGUGAAGGAGGUACCUGCGAAAGAAUCUGCAAAGACGGACGUUGCAAACCAGAAAACUCCAGCUUCGGAUCCAAAAGAUCUAUCGCAAAACCAGAAGAAAGGCCCUCAAAAGCACCCAGAAGCAACAAUUAUAUCUGAGCUAAAGCAGAAUAAUGAGUCCUCUAAGGCACAAGAAGAGUCCCGUAGUCCUAAACUACAGUCUGAUGCAGUAAAGUCCACUGACUCAAUUGGUGGGAAAAUGUUUAGCUUUGGCUCCUCAAUCUUCAGCUCAGCAUCCACUUUAAUCAACGCAGCAGGCCAUGAGGAGCCCAAAAAAACACCCCCACUCUCCCCAAAAAUGCCUGCCGGAAAGGUGACCAAAUCACUUCUUGCUCAGGAGAAAGAACCGAUGAAGAAACAAGAGUCCAAGCCAUCUACAGUGUUACCAUCUAAACCUCCGUCAGAUCAUUCAAAGGAGGUGACCAUCUCCCAAGCAUUAUUUAAAGAAGGCCAAGCUACUUGCCCGCUUUGUAAGGCAAAACUUAAUUUUGGCUCAAAGGCUCCUCCCAACUACAACAAAUGCACAGAAUGCAAAAACACCAUUUGUAACCAGUGUGGAUUCAGUCCAGUGCCAAAUCUGUCAAAGGUAAAAGAAUGGCUGUGUUUGAACUGUCAGAUGCAAAGAGCUCUGCAUGUAUCUGAACCUCCAAUGAAGUCCCCCACGGCUGUAAAUAAACUGCCUCCAUCGUCCAUACCUCAGAAGACAACUGUUUCAAAUCAAGUCGAAACAACUAAGACAGACGUAUUAAAUGAUGAGCUUCCAAAAACACAGACUGCAGCACCCGAUAAGAAGAAUGAGGGUUUUGUACCAAGUCUUCCACAGAAGAUCCCAUCCGUAACUGCUAAAGAACCAGAUCAGAGCAAAGAGGGUACUCCAGUUUCUGACCAGGAACCUCAAAUGAAGUCUGGCUCUUUUCAGAAGCCAUCAGACCAUACCCCUCAUUCUGGACCAAAACAGAACAAAGUCAAUUCCGAUUCCCAGAAAGAGUCAUCCGACAAGUCUGGCUUGAGUGGCCCUAAAACCACUUCCGAUGGUUCCAAAACAACUGACUCAAUAACUGGGAAGAUGUUUGGUUUUGGCUCUUCGAUUUUCAGCUCGGCAUCCACUUUGAUCUCAUCAGCGGUUCAGGACGAGUCACGCACGACACCGCCAAGCUCUCGCAAGAUGUCAGCUCCAGUGCAGGUCUCUCCAAAGAUGGCAGCUGCGCCCAAGGUUUCUCCCAAAAGUUCACCAAUAGCUUCUCCCAAUAAAGUGCCACCGAAAGGACUCACAAGUCUUUCUCAGGAAACCAAGAAAAAUGAAGAAUCAAAUCAGAGCAAGCAGGAUAAAGUUUCAUCACAGCCAACAAAAGCAGCCAUAGUGUCCCACACCCAACCUAAAGUACACCAGGAGAGCUGUCCACUAUGUCAUCUCAAAUUAAACAUUGGCUCGAAGGAACCUCCAAAUUAUAGUAACUGCUCCGAGUGUAAUACCAAUGUCUGUGACAAAUGCGGAUUUAAUCCACUGCCCAUUGGAAAGAAAAAGGAAUGGCUGUGUCUUACCUGUCAGAUGAAAAGAGCACUCGAAGCAUCUGAGCAACCAGCUUCUCAAAAACAAGAACAAGUUCCAGCUAUGAUCAAGUCAACAGACAUCUCCAAACCAAUUACAUCUCAAAUAAAGGCAAAUCCAACUGUUGCUGAGACCCCACAACAAAAGUCAUCCACAGUUUUAGUUACAUCAAACAAACCCGAAGCUUCCACUACACCACUGACGUUGGUUAGCCCAGCACCUGAUGCGAAAACACAACAGAAAAAUGAGAAGCCCAUUCCAGAGAAACCGCCAGAUCAGACAAGCCAACCUGCGUGCAAGCAGAGCAAUGCCACUGCAGCAAAGCAGCAAGAAACAGGAGUUUCUUUUGGGUUGGGUGCUGCAAAAUCAAGGCCGGAUGCAGAGAAGCCAACAAACUCAGUGUCAGGAAAGAUGUUUGGACUCGGCUCAUCAAUCUUCCACUCGGCAUCUACAUUAAUAUCGUCAGCUGUUCAAGAUCAGCCCAAGACGACACCGCCAGCUUCUCCCAAAAAGUCCCCAGCAAAAGAGCUUAAAUCUGAUAAUUGUCAGAAUCUGGAGCCACAGAAGAAGUCAUUGGAGUCAACACAGUUGGGAACAGGACCGCUAUCAGGUCCAACUAGAGGAGAUAAUGACACACCAAAACCUCCAAUGGCUGUAGAAGCAACCAAGUCAGCUGUCAAACCAGGUUCUACUUGUCUGCUCUGUAAAGCUGAACUUCACCAAGCUAACUCCAAUACCUGCACUGAAUGCAAAAACACUGUAUGUAAUCAGUGCGGGUUUAACCCUAUGCCAAAUGAAACUAAGGUUGAAGAGUGGCUGUGUCUCACCUGCCAAAUGCAGCGUGCUCUAGGUGUGAGCAACCCCUCAGAAGCUGUCACUAACAAGUCUCAAGUACUCGCAAAAGAUAUCAGAAGCACAGCCGAACCCGAAAAGAAAGUGAGACUGACACCAGUCUCACCUCAAAAACAACCAACAGCUGGGACAGCAAAUCUUACUUCAGCUUCUUCGGCUGCUAACAAGCCAGAUGAUCUAAAAGACAACAUUGCACCUCCUGUUAAAAUGAGGCCACAGGACCCUCAAAACAUACCACGUGUCGGAACAUCACCAGGCCAGACCCGUCAAGCUGAGCGUAAAGAAAGCAAUGCUGCAGAGUCUGGAGGAUUUUUGGGUUUUGGUGGCAGUAAAACCCAACCAGACACUUCCAAGCCUGCAGAGUCUGUGACCGGAAAAAUGUUUGGCUUCGGAUCUUCUAUUUUCAGUAGUGCUUCCAGUUUGAUCAACUCAACUCCACCAGUUUCACCCAAGAUGUCCCCCAUGAAACAGAGUCAACCCUCUUCUGUCCAAAAGAAGGAAGACAAGUUGAAGCGGGACCAAACUCAGAUGACUAAAACAAUUUCAUCUGAACAAACCAAAGAGGAUACAUCUCAAAAGGUUGCCCAGUCCACCUGUCCGCUUUGUAAGGUUCAACUCAACGUUGGGUCCCAAGAUCUACUAAACUAUGACACCUGCACCAAUUGCAAGAUUACUGUUUGUAAGCAGUGUGGAUUUAACCCUAUGCCAAAUGUAUCAGAGAAAAAAGAGUGGUUGUGUCUGACAUGCCAAAUGCAAAGAGCUCUCUCAGCUGCAGACACAGUGGAGCCUCCAUUAAUGAAACCUCUGCCAUCACCCAAGAAAGAGACACCAGCUGCUGCAACCGCAAAUCGAAUGAAAGAUACAAUUUUAACACAGAAAGCAGAUGUGCCGGACAAAAACCAGAAGGUAAAACCAAUACCAAUAACAUUACCAGAGAAAGAAGAAAGCUCAGGCACUGUCUCAGUUCCAACGAAAGAUAUUACAACUGUUCUGCCACCGACGAAGGAGGUCCAAAUCUCAUUGGCAUCUUCAGCUCAAGAGAAGCCAAUUGAAGGUUUACUUGCUGAUAUACCACUGACUGAUCAAGCUCCUCCUCCCCGGACAAAUGUUGAGUUCUCGCUGAGGCAGAAAGACGAUCAUCCUAUAUUGAGCGCCCUUGCAACAACUGAGACGUCAGAUAAGCAAGUGCAGGGAAGGGCAGCACAGUUGGUGGAUCGAGUAGUCACAAUUGCUGAUCAUAAAGACCUUGUCAAACUCCCAAACAAGGAGCCUAACCUUGUUGAAAAUGUACUUACCAAAUCGGUUCCCUCAACAGUCCAAUCAACUCCCGGAAAAGGAAUUAAUGACAAAAAACCUCAGGAAGGUGUCUCAAAAACAGCCGAAGCAGUGACUGGGAGAAUGAUGGGAUUUGGUUCAACACUCUUCAGUUCAGCGUCCUCUUUAAUAACCUCUGCUGUUCGAGAGGAACCCCGCACGACACCGCCAAGUUCUCGUAAAAUGUCUGCCCCUGCACAAAGCUCAGAUAUAGUGUCAGCAGCUCAGAUUUUACCAGUCAAGGCAAGCCCUGCUGUCUCACCGCUCAAAACAUCCAUGAAGUCAUUUGAAGAAAAGAUAUCAGAACAACCUCAAACUCAAGUCAAGAAAGCAAUCCAAGGUCCACAAGAACCUUCAAAAGUAGAAAACUCUCAAAAUGUUCCCAAAGCGACACAACCUUAUUGUCCUCUUUGUAAGGUUGAACUUAAUGUGGACUCCAAGGAUUUACCCAAUUACAACACAUGCACUGGAUGUAAAACCACAGUCUGCAACAAAUGUGGAUUUAGUCCUAUGCCAAACAAAGCAGAAGGAAAAGAAUGGCUGUGUCUCAACUGUCAGAUGCAGAGGGCACUUGGGGCUUCUGAGCCUCUAGGGCUACCACUUAUAAAAUCUCAACCAUCACCGAGCAAAGAAAUGCCACCAACCACAGUGGAGAAAGAAUUGGCAAUACCAUCUUCUCAGGUGGAUACUAUGACACCUAAAGCCAUUCCGUCCAACAAUGAGUUUGUCGGUGUUGUCACAACCAAAGAAAGUGAAUCCCCUGCUGAACCCACCGAGAAGUCAACACCCGCAACUGCUUUAUUACCUGAAAAAAGUGGUCCUCCUGCAAUCAAGAAAACCGAUGUUACGUCUGGUUUACAUGAAAACACCCCUCAAGUACAACCUGGAUUAGCCCAGAAAGAGCCUCCAGAAACAGAGACCACUUCUGUAAAGGUUGCUGCCCCAACAGCACUAGAGGCAGCAAAAAUAGCACAGCAACAACCUGCAAAAGGUGUGAAAUCUCCAGCCAGAUCUGCACCAACAUCUCAACCUGCAAAACAGGAAUCUGGAGGCUUCUUUGGUUUUGGUGGCCCUAAAAUGCAACCUACUACACCCAAAUCUGCUGAAUCUGUGAGUGGGAAGAUGUUUGGCUUUGGGUCAUCCUUCUUGAAUUCAGCAUCCAGUUUGAUAAACUCAGCAAUUCAAGAUGAGACUAAAACGACACCACCAACGACACGCAAGACCUCCAUGCAUGCCUCGCCUAAGACGACACCACCUGCCUCUCCUAAAAUGUUUCCUUCAAAAAACACCAAAGCACCAACUCCCCAGAAAACAGAGGGAGAAAGAGUGGACAAACCACAGGUUAAAACAACUCAAUCAGAUAUACAAGAUAAAGCUGCUAAAGCUCCAGGCACCAAGGCACCUGACACUCAACAAACUCCAAAAGCAACUGAGUCCACCUGCCCACUCUGUAAGGUACAGCUUAAGAUGGAUGGCAAAGGGGCUCCCGAGUUCAACACCUGUACAAAAUGCAAAAUGACUGUCUGCAAUCAGUGUGGGUUUAAUCCAAUGCCCAACGUAUCAGAGGCACAAGAAUGGCUCUGUCUGAAUUGUCAGAUGAAGAGAGCACUUGGAGACUCUGAGCCCACAAGUUCUUCUGCAAUGAAACCCCAGCUCUCACCAGUCAAGAUUUCUCCCUCAACAUCAGAACAAAAGGAUACAGUUGUCCAGCCAGAGAAACUGAUGUUAAUAAAAAAAGAGGGCAAUCAAAUGGACAAUAAGGCUCCCCAGGAACUAACACCAAAAAAUACUGAUUCAUUGCAACAAGGUACAAUGCCAAAGCCAAAAGACCCUUCAGGUAGUCACCAAGGAAGGGCUCAGGAUGUGGCAAAGCAAGAGGCAGAUGAUUCUAUAACCCCAAACGCAGAAGUCAAGGAAGUUGCUGCAAAACAAGCAAAAGAAAAAACAUCUCAAAAGCUUUCGAAAUCCCCAAAUCUUCCUGUCAUUUCCACACCAACGGCUGUGUCUGCAAGGAGGGACUCUGGCGAUGUUUCUCAAACUCCAAAACCAGAGGUAAAGGCCGUUGCAGCAAAACCGGCAGAUGGAAAACCACCUCAACAGCCUUCUAAAUCCCCAACUCCUGUCAAAUCCACACCACAAACAGCUGUGUCUGCAAAGGAGUCUGGGGGGUUCUUUGGAUUUGGUGCCCCUAAAACGCAACCUGCUCCUGCUGCAAAGUCUGCUGAGAGUGUUACUGGCAAAAUGUUCGGUUUUGGCUCCUCUAUUUUUAGCUCAGCCUCUACAUUGAUUACAUCUGCUGUUCAAGAUGAGACUAAAACUACUCCUACAGUCUCUCCGAAGAUGCCCCCUGCAAAGGCUGCACCAAAACCACAAGCGCCUCAACAAGCCAAACCUGCCUCAACGACCCAGUCUAAAGUAGAGACGAAGUCAUUCGAAGCCACAGAAGUAGCAGGAGGCCCCAAAGCAGAUAUUCACAAAGCGGACAUAUCUACCUGUCCGCUCUGUAAGGUUGAACUCCAUGUGGCCUCCAAGGAACAUCCCAAUUCCAACACUUGUACUGAAUGCAAGAUCCUUGUGUGUAACCUCUGUGGAUUUAACCCCAUGCCUCAUACAGGAGAGAAACAGUGGUUGUGUCUCAACUGCCACACGCAGAAGGCUUUGUUGGGACAACUGGAAGACUCAGGGAAAAUCCCUCAACCUUCACCUAUAUCGGCACCACAAGGGAAUCAAGCCAUACUUGUUACCAAAAAUAUAGAGCCCAAGUCAGCCUCUGCGAAGGCGGAGUCUGCAGACAUUAUUAAAAAACCACCUAACAUGACGUCCUCCACCAAGACGGUUCCAACAACAAAAGAGGAAUCCCAAGUGUUGGUAACUUCGACAAAGGUGGAACAUGAGUCUUCAAUUGUACCCAAAGCAGUGAAGGUUAUACCUGUUGAAGAGGAAACCAAGCAUUUAGUUGAACCUGCAGCAGAACCUGUUCAACCAGUGGUGGUCUCUGGGCCUACAUUGCCAAGCAUAGAUGUUUCCAAAAGUGCAACAGUUGAGAGAAAAGAAGAAUUACAGAAAGCAGAGGCAAGUGGGAAAGAAAUUCCCCAAACAUCAAAAUCAGAAAUAACAGCUGAAGUUUCAACAGAUGAAACAAGGUUGCUCUCAUCAGAGCAGAUUGCUGUCAAAAUACUAAAUGAUGAAAACCAGGUUCAUGAACAGGCUCAAGAACCAUCAGAAGUCACACAAUUGACACCAACUGACAGCCAUAAAGUUGUUGAAAUGCCAACUGAAAUGAACACUAAUGUCGCCCUCUCUCCAAAGCCACAAUUAGAACCUACCAAGGAUUUGUCCAUGAACGUGGGAGAUGCAGCCAUAGAGCCUUUAAAAUUGGAAAAAUCGCAAGCUGAAUUUGAGAACCAAGUUGUGCCCAAGGCAUUUCCCAAGGCAACCUCUAAAGCUGAAGAAGACGCUCAACCUCAUAUUUUACCCUUAUCAGAGGAACUAAAUAUGGAGCAGGGGGUGUGCAGUGUGACUAAAAAUGACACAGAACAAGAGAAAAUCCUACUAGUUAAGGAGGCUGUUGGAAGUGAGAAAAGGCGACUUAGUUUCACAGCAAUGGAAGAGAGCAGCGGGAGUGAUUUCACACCUUCCCCUUCCCCUGAGGUUCAAAGGAGGAGGCUGAAGGUGACCAGUGUGUCAUCUAUCAGUGAAGAGAUCAAAACGGAAAGUGCUGACUCAUCUGUAGAAGAUGAAGACUUCAUCCGCAGUCAGAUCCUUGGUAUGGGCGGCAAAGAGGAAAUGUCUCUCUCAGAGGAUGAAAAAGAAAGGAAAUUGUCCAAUGAGGAAGUUGUCAAGAAAGCUGGGCUUGAUAAUGCCUCCAUGAAACGCAAAUCACUCUCAAGCAAAGGCAGCACAGAUAAUGAAGGCUCGCUAAUAUGGACCAAAUCCCCUCUAAUGACGAGCGAGGCAACAAAAAAUGAUACAAUUCCUACCGCAACUUUAAAGAAAGCUAUUCCGGUCAUCAGACAUAGACAAAGCACUGAUGAAGAGGUAGAGAGCAUUACUGAAUCUCUGUCAAAGGGCUCAUCUAGCGUGCAUGCCUCGAGCUUCACUCCAGGGUCGUCACCUACGUCUGCAUCAUCGCUGGAGGAUGACAGUGAUAGCAGUACAAGUCACAAGAGGAUUAGCGGGGACAAACAGUAUCGCAAGGGUAAACACAGGCAUGCGACCCAGCAACUCCCCACCAUCGAAGACUCCUCGGAGGAAGAGAAAUCUCGCAGAGAAAAGAGCCAACUUAACGUGCAUGGCCAAUUGUCACCAAAUCAAGGUACUUCCUCUGCAGAGGAUCUUAGACCAGUCGCGGUAAGGGAUGACACCGGUAAAACAUCUGGCUCUGAGUACUUGGCCAGCAUUCAAUCAGAGCCAGAAGCAAGACAGGCUGUCCAGAGAGGAGGCAAACCUUCUCCAACAGUGAUACCAUACACUCCAUCUGAGACAUUUGAAGAGAAGGAAACCAUCUUAAAAUCAUUAAAGAGUGCAGAAGAAGCAUAUGAAGACAUUCUCCAGAAGGCCAAAGCUAUCCCAGGUGACAGUCCUCCAGGUGUGGAGCCACUUUAUGGUGGCAUGUCAAUUGAGGACUAUCUUUAUGAAUCCUUGGUUGAGGAACCUGAGAUAAUGAUGACAAGCUUUCAAGACAUCGAACCGAAACAGGAAGUCAGUUCUGAACAUUUGAAGAAACUCAGGUCUCCAGAGGAGGUUUAUGAAGAGAUGAUGGAAAAAAAGAGGGAAUUGAUGAUGAUCGAACAAGAGUUUAAGCAGGCCCAAACAGCAUUGGAAUCUGGCUCAUCUAUCUGUUCUCCAGAACCGGAGACCUGUGUUAUAAUCAUACCCACGGAAGCCAUAUCACACACUGGAGAAAGCAUGACGCCUGAAAGUGGCAGAGCUUCUGAUGAAGCUCCAGUCAAGAAGAAAAAACGACCAGCACCACCACGCCCCAGUGAACCUCCAAAACGAACUGAGGUGAACGUUGUUCCGAGCAUGACAUCUGGCUCUAUAGGUUUUGUUCGACCAAUGGUACCUCUUGAUCCUGCACUUAGAAAGGCACUUUUCCCCAUACCUGACCUCAAAAUUACACAGUGUUCAUCAGGGGAGGAAGAGGAUGACAGUCUACCAGAUGAGUAUGGUGUUGGCAUUUCAUCGGACAUUACCCCAAGUGAUGAUUCUGAAAAUAAAGACGAUCAAUCUAUAAGCCCACCUUUGUCUGAGAAAGCUGAAAUGGAACCGAUCUCUGUGGUCUGUGAAAUCCCAGAAGCAAAACCUAUUCCAACUCCAAUAUCAGCCCCAGAACUGACCACUACACCUUCCCCUGUAUCGCCACAGUCACCACCAACUUCACCGGCCUCACCUGAUUCCAGCAUGGAAUCUAAUGCCACCUCUUCAUCCUCCUACCAAGCUCAAACACCUCAAUCAUCAGACUCAACUCCUUUGUCUACACCUACAAGUUAUUUCUUAACUCAAACCCCACGUGAGUCUUCACCACUUAUGUCCACUAAAGGUGAAGUAUCUUCUAGAGAAUGCUCUGCAGUUAUAGUAGCAAUUCCAGAUGUGGUGUCUGAUCCAUCAAAAGCUGAUUCAGCCGAACCGGUCCAAGCUAAGUCAUCUGUUCCUGUACCUUCAAUCUCAGCCUCAGGGGAGACUCCUCCUCCAGUUAUAGUUGAAAUGCCAGACUUGGUUUCAUCUCCCUCUCAAAUGCCCACUGAGGUUCCAUCGGUGCUACAGGCGUCAGCUUCAAGACCAGAACAUGUCACUGUCACAGCCAAGCCGAGGGCUCAAUUUACUGAGUCACCAGCUCCAAGGAUUAUUCAAGGAUCUGUUCCAUCUCCUGCUCUUGUAGCUACUUCCACUGUCACUCCUGUACCAUACCAUGAGCCAGUAAUUGUCCAGAUGCCAGAUGUAGUUUCAUCUACAUCUCCAUUAUCAAUACAAACAUCUACGUCAGUCUCAACAGUCACAACAAUCACAGCCCCGGCACAACCGAAUGUUGUACACUCAGUCCAACCAACUACCACAUCAAUGAUCCCUGUAUCCAUCCCAUCAACUACUAUAGUCAAAAAGAAAGUCCCACCUCCCCCUCCACCUCGGUCAACAUCAGUUUCACUACCUGAGCAAGGUGGAGUGCGGCUACCGAUCAGGGGUGCUCAGCAUGUCUCCACUACUGUGACGUCCACCAUCACUGCAGGAGCCACAGUUGCAGCCCAGCCAAUGCAGUCUGUAGUUGUAGAUAUACAGCCACGAAUGGAAGAUAUGAAACCAGAUGAUGUGGCUGUAGCUCAAAUAGUGACCCCAACGAGAGCAGGGCAUGUGGUCAUCAUAGUGCCAAGUGUGGAAAACAUGUCUCGGAUUUGCCAAACUCCUCAAGACAGCACACAAUCUUCUUCUGCAUCUGAGGCACCUAUUAGCCAAACAGUCACACACAAUGUGGUUAAGAGUACAACCACAUAUUCAACAUUACCAUUUACCAUGGUCUCAGCUGUUCCACCACUCCCAUCUAAACCUUUUGUGGGAACUAACGUUUUAGAAAUGGGAGAAAUACCUUUAGCUGAGACACUUCCACCACCCCCUUCCACUUUACCAAAGCCCACUAUUUAUCCAAAGCCACCAGUUCCUGCUUCAGCAGCAGGAUUCCAGGUUUCUGUUACAACAGCUGGCACUAGUCCUUCCUCCAAGGCUCCUCCACCAAUACCGCCUAAGCCUGUAAUAAUUCCAGCUGGACUAGUUUUCAGCCACAAGCCAGGAGAAAGUGUCAAACCACCUCCUGUUGUUGCACCAAAAGCUGCAACGCUGCCUAGGACCAAAGCACCUCCAAAUGCCCUGUCACUUAGCUUGACUCGACCUGUGGAGAGUAAGUCAGGGGCAACAUCUCCUAAGUCGCCGUUAUCUCCCAGACAUGCCAAAUGUUUGAAAACAUAUGUCGUAAUAACUUUGCCAUCUGAGCCUGGCUCUCCAACAGAAGUGAUAACAGUGCAGGCACCAAUAAGACGGGGAUCUAUACCAGCUACAAAAGGGCCAGGGGUUCGAACAACCCCUUCAGAGCAGAAAACACCCAGUGAAACAUUUUCAGCACUGGCCACUGUAAGGAGAGCAUCUGUACCAGCCAUAAGGCAUCCACCCCCAAUAUCCAUAGCUUCAACUGUUCCAUUAGAAGAAGUGGCACCCAAUAAUACUGUGGUUUCUAAAGUGCAGCCUGAAAGGGAUUACUGUGUGACAUACCCUGAUCAGGAAAUACCAAUUGAGGCCCACAUUGUAGCAGACCCAAUAAUGAAGCCAUAUACCCCUGUGGUAAUGCAGCAACAGCAAGCCGUUUAUCAGCCCUUGUCAUCAACAACAAUGCAAGAAAACAUCAUUGGGACUUCAGCAAUAACUGCACAGAGUAAAGCACUUGCAACAUCACAAUCUGACUCCGAUGUCACUCAACAUCCAAAAAUAGUCUCAAGAGGCAAAGCACUUUCACAAGAGAUUUUAGCUGAUGCUGAAGUUCCCGUGGCGCAACGACAAACACUGCCAAUCCAACAGCCUGUGACACAUGUCUCAAUAGUGUUAGAGCCCAGAUUAGCUUCCGAUGAACUAACUGCCCAAGAAAAUACGUGCACCGUAUACGCCAAUGCUCUUCGUUCACAACAUGAAAUUGAAAUAAGAAACGCACAACCAGAAAUGGCUAGUGAAACCAUUAUCACAGAGACAGCACCGAGGUCACCAAUGGCAAUGAGUCAACAUCUUCCUGCAACAACUCAUCCCUAUUCUGCAGCCGGUUCGAGAAUCCCUCAACCAUCUGUGAUACAACCACAAAAGGAUUAUGUCGUUACAAUACCAGAUAUACCAACUUUACCUCGGAUGCAUCAAGAGGUUGCACCAGCUCCUGCAAUACCUACUCCUGCAAAUGAGUCACAUGUGAUCUCACAGCCAGAGGAGCCUCCUGGUACUUACACGCCUGAAGUCUACGCCACACUUCAAAUGUCAGUCAUGCCAUGUUCAACACCUCCACUUGAGGUCAUUGCAUUACCACCAGACCCUAUGCAUAUUGCAUCAAUGGAGGCUGUUGUGAGACAAGCGCCAAUGUCAUCUAUGAUACAAUCUCAGAUGGUAGUUUCAAUCCCCCGUGAAGUUACAACUGAACAAACUUCAAGUGAAAGAAGGACAUCGAUAUCAUCCACAGGAAAACCACCAUACAGCACAAGUGAAAUGAUUACCUUUGCUACAGAUUAUGAAAUGUCUCCCCAGGUUGUCAACACUGGGGCUUUUGCUGCCGCAAAAACAAUGCAGCAGCCCUUAGUAAUAAGCAUGCCAGCUGAAAAAGAUAUUCCUGGUUGUGUGCAUAACAGAACAGAUUCAUUUCCUCCAGUUGAACCCCCACAGCUAUUUACGUAUUCAUCUGACUAUGAGCACCCACUUGAGAUAAUAAGCACAGAGGCGUAUGCAAGGAGAACCUCAACACCUGCCGUACAGGACAUCCUACCUGGUGGACCUGUUGCGCCGAUCACCAUCACUAAAAUUCAGCAAGAGUCCAUUGAGAGCCAAGAGAUUCGGGGACCUGAGAAGGUUGUCUCAAGUUUGAGUCACAAGUACUCUUCUUCAGUUUCAACGACAGGCCCGCCUGCUGAAAUACAGCCGAACUUAGUCACUCAAGUUGUCACCACAGAGGUCCAGAGAACAACGGUGUCUGUUGUCCAUGAAAGGCUUCCACAGCAUACUCCAACCAGCAUAGCUGCCACCAUAAAAUCAGAUGAAAGAAAAUACCAACUUCAGCAAAAUGAAAAGCUAAUCCAUCAUGGGGAUGUUAUGGAUUUACGCACCAUGAAGGUUGGUGCGAAGAUGACUGAGCAAGGCAUGGAUUUGACUCCACCUGAGUUAUAUCGACAGUCAUCCAAUGAUUCUGUGCGUCAAAUCACAGCAGUUCAGCCAGAAAUAGUAAAUCUUAGUGUUGAGGUUGUCCCUGCAACCACACUGGCUGUAGUAACUGAUAGCAUCACAAUUGUCACAUGCACAGCCACCAUUGCUUCAUACAGCAAGUCUCCAGCAGAGAAACCGCUAGACUUGCACGGGCCUGUGACAUCCUUACCUCUGCCGCUCACCACAUACAAACCAUGCGAACCUGUCGCACAAAUUGUAUACAGACCAGUGAAUGCCCAACCUGUCAUCGCUGCUAUACCAUCCACAGCUCAAGACAUACCAAUUAAUCUCUCAUAUGGAUCACUCGUCAGAGGAGGCAAACAAUCAGUUACUCCUGCCUCAACAGAUAUCAACAGUGUUCUAUCUUUGGAGGCAACAGGUGCCAUGGAUCUGUCCAACUACAGACCAGUGAGGUCUAUGGUAGCUUUAUCCGGAACAAGUCCUGAAGUAAUAACCUCUAUUGUUGAGGAUGAUGGGACACCAGUUGACCUCACAGCUGGUAGAAGAAGUGUAUGCUGUGAUGUCAUAUACAAAUUACCUUUUACUGGAAGUUGUAGAACACAACCGCCUGCCACAACUCAGCCUGACAACCGUUUGGACCACGGAGAUGCCAACCAUCAGUAUGAUGGUGCGAGACAGUAUGGCAGCACAGGCAUGAAUGGUGAAAAAGCAUUAAUAUCUGAUGCCAGCCUCAAAGAGGUAGGACUCUUUCCUUAUGAUCCCAACAAAGACUAUGACUACCUCAAUGGAUGUACAGAUGGAGCCAUAGACCUCACUGCCUCCAAACUUUCUACUGGUAAAGCUCUAGACUACACUAUCAAAGCUACUGCAGAUUUUGCUGGGGUGACUCCUUCUCCAUCUUCUCAGGACUCACUCACUGCGUUUGGUGUCUGUAGUGCUCUAAGAACUUCAGAUGGAAUAGUUUACUCCUCUGUCUCAGCCCCAGUUCCAUCAACAUAUGCAGUUACCACACAACCCGGCUCCAUCUUUAGCACCACCUUGGUGCCCACACAAACAAUCCAGAAUCAGUCUUUGCCCCAACAGUUUGGCUUCAUCCCUACCACAGACCAAGGUCAAAUUGUUCCCUAUGACCCAGGGCUACCAAAAGAACUUCUGCCCACAGCGUUGGCUGACAUCAUAACAGGCUAUCCAGAAAUGUACUCAGAUGCCACAUUGGAAGCACUCGCAGCUUCUCUAGAUGCAUUAGCCUCUUCUCCAAUAUUCCCUGGCUUAGACAGCACUAAAAUGGCUCAGUACCAGAUGGAGAGGGAGUUUCUCGAGCUAGAGAAACUUAAACAGCUCUGUCUAGCUGAGGAGUUAGAGUGGGAGAGACAGGAGAUCCAGCGCUAUCGCGAACAGGAGCAGUUUAUGGUGCAACAAGAGCUUGAAGAGCUCCAGGCUCUGAAACAACAGCUUCUCAUGCAGCAAGAAGAAGAACACCAUGCUCAUAUGGUAGCCCAGCAGGAGACAUAUGCCCAGCAGAAAGAGCAAUUGCAGCAAAUCCAGCAACUCCAGCUUCAACUCCAGCGCCAGUUAGAUGAGCACUAUGGUAGCAAAGCUACCACAGCAAACCUCCUUGAGGCCAAGUAUGCAGGAGUAGGGGACAGUGGACAAUACUGGCCUGUCAAAGAUGAGUCUUCAGGCCCGACUGUUGGAAAACAGUUAGAGGAAAGUGAGGACCAGCAUAAUAUAGCGAAACGGCUUCAAGACGAUCAGGACACAGGAAAAAAAAUAAUUGACAGUGGAGUACAAACAGACGAUGAAGACUCAGCUGAAAAACCGCAUCCUGGAAGACGAAAGAAGAACAAAAGAAACAUUGAUAGCUCAGCUCAGAGUGAUGAUGAGGACCAAGAUGAAUGGGAUGCUCCUGCAAAGUCUCGACGACGCUCCCGAAAACACAGCAGUGAAGGAAAACACAGUUCAAAGGUGUCCAGCAUUGCUAUCCAGACAGUUGCUGAGAUAUCUGUUCAAACUGACCACUCUGGAUCUAUCAAAAGACCUAAAGUCCAGAUGGACACCAAGGUGGAAAUAAUCAAACACAUCUCAGCUCCUGAAAGCUCUCAAAGAGGAGGCAGUCUGAGCUGUCAGACAGAUUCAGACAGAAGGCAUACACCCAUUGAGGUGGGUUACAGCUCACACCUCACAACUGAUGCCACGGCGAGGUCGAGAGGUUUCUAUACGUCAGUGCCCCCUCUAUCGCAUGACACAUCAGUUGGAGGACAGAGAAUGCUGACUGCUGACCCAAGCAGAUUUUCCUCUUGCCCUCGGUUGAAGCCUGGUCAGAAGUCUUUCUCUGAUCCUAAAUCUCUGAGUCCUGCCACAGAAGACAGGAUGGGCGUCUACUAUGAGGACACAUAUUCAGGGCGAGGCUCCCCCUCCGGCACAGGUAAGAAGGUCAAACGAACACUCCCAGACCCACCUCCUGAGGAUGAUCCACUGAUGGGACGCUCAGGCUACAGCACCAACUCUGCCCGCCGUCGGCUUGCUCGUAGUACUACAAUGGCCCGGGCCAAGAUCCUGCAGGAUAUUGACAAAGAGCUUGAUAUGGUAGAGAGGGAAUCUUCAAAACUACGCAAGAAACAGGCUGAACUGGACGAAGAGGAAAAGGAAAUUGAUGCAAAACUACGGUACCUGGAGAUGGGUAUCAAUCGGCGAAAGGAGGUCCUGCUGAAAGAGCGAGAGAAGAGAGAGAGGGCCUAUCUCCAGGGGGUGGCAGAAGAAAGAGAUUACAUGUCAGACAGUGAGGUUAGCAACAUUAGAGAUGACCGUAGUGACUGUCUGGAGAGGCCACGCACAGCGCCGCAAUCAGAGUUUGAUCAGUUCAUACCCCCGCAGACAGAAGCUGAUUCCCAGUAUAACACACUCACAAGUCCCUACUCUCAUUACGGCCAGUAUGUUCCACAGACGCAAACCACAAGCCAUUUUACCCAACAUAAUCUGUUUGAACCUCAGUCCGUUUACCAUCAACAGGUUUCUCCGUACCAACAUGUCUCAACCCUAUCCCUCUCCCAUGGUCAGGAUCAGACAAGCAGCUACCAGCAUGCUCUGCUCUUACAAGGAAAGCAGCGUCAAACCAACCUGUCCGAUUUAGAGCCCAAAAUCGCCACUAACUAUGAGGUCAUACGUAACCAGCCUCUAAUCAUUGUGCCGACCUCCUCAGAAAGCGGCUUUGGUGUGGCUCAUCUCGGAGGCAAGUAUGGCAGCUUGGAUUUGAGGCUAGGGCUCGAAGAGAGGAGCAUGGCCUCUAGUCCCAUGUCAAGCAUCUCUGCGGAUUCUUUCUACGCUGACAUCGACCACCACCAUGCCAGGAACUAUGUGCUAAUUGAGGACAUAGGGGAACUCACCAAGGGGUCCACAGGAUUGGGUUCCACUUGCCUGGGUUCUGGAUUUAACCUCCCUGAUAAAGAGCUAUCCAAGGCAGACAGACUAAUUAGGGCAGCAGAGGUCAGACGCACAGAGGUAGCAGAUUUUUUAGGCCAAUCCCAACUUCAAGAAGACAGUAUGGAGGAGCCCUAUGAGUUAAAGCUACUUAAGCAACAGAUCAAGCAGGAAUUCCGGAGAGGAACUGAAGGACUAGAACAUAUAUCAGGCUUGGGCCUUCCCCAGUAUCUGUCCGGCGAUAGCAGCUUUCGCCAUUUCCCUAAAGGUGAAAAAUAUAGCAUCGGAAGGCUCACACUUGAGAAGCAGGCUGCAAAACAACUCCCAGCUGCGGUGCUUUACCAGAAACAGAUGAAGAAUAAAAAGGCUUUAAUAGACCAAAAGGCCAUGACCAAAUUUUCCCCCAUUCAGGAGAGUCGGGAUUUGGAGCCUGACUUUGGAAGCUACAUGGGAUCUGGAGCUUCCUCUGUCACCAACCUGGCUUCUCGGGCAAGGCUACUUCAGGAUGAGAUUACAUUUGGACUGAGAAAGAACUUAUCUGAGCAGCAAAAGUAUUUGGGUUCCUCACUAGGAUCUAAUCUUGCUGGGUCUCUGGGGCAAUCUCUUGGUCUUGGGUCCACUAUUAGGACAUCUGCCCAGGAUGAUGGCACCUACCCAAGUGGCAGCCGUUCCAGACCAUCAUCUCGUCCUUCUUCUCGACCCUCCUCUGUCUACGGCUUGGAUCUACCAAUCAAACGGGACCUUUCCAGCUCUUCACUACGACUUAAAACUGAGGUGGAUGUGUUGGACGCAGCAUUUGCUCCUGGUGUGACCAGAACAAAGCCCACCAGUUUGCCUAUAAGCCAUAGCCGAGGACGCAUCCCCAUUGUGGCUCAAAACUCUGAAGAAGAGAGCCCCCUGAGCCCGGUGGGUCAGCCAAUGGGUAUGGCGCGGGCAUCGGCUGGACCUCUCCCCCCAAUUUCUGCCGACUCCAGGGACCAGUUUGGCUCAAGCCAUUCCCUGCCAGAGGUACAACAACACAUGAGGGAAGAAUCUCGUACUCGCGGCUAUGACCGAGAUAUCGCAUUCAUCAUGGAUGACUUACAAGGUGCCAUGUCGGACAGUGAAGGACUCAGUGAGUCCGUGCUGGUGUUGAACAGAGAGGAAGCCAGAAUCUUUCAUGAAAGUAUCGCACACGCUGGAGGCCCAAACUGGAAUAUAGAAGCCUACCAUCUGAGACGCGAGGAUACCGACUGGUUUGACAAACCAAGAGAAGGACAUCCACAGACCAGACACAUGGCAGACAGGAGACAAAUAAAACUGGUCCCUUACGUCUUCCCUCACACCCGUAUCAAGCUCACCAGAGAUCAGAAGGACUCUAGCGUGUCAGGAAAUGGUCUCGGGAUACGGGUGGUCGGUGGCAAGGACAUCCCAGGCAGCCAAUGGGAGAUCGGAGCCUAUGUUGCAAGAGUCAUCCCAGGUGGCGUCGCAGAACAAACAGGAAAACUCAUAGAGGGCAUGCAGGUGCUGGAGUGGAACGGUGUGCAGCUGACGGGAAAGACCUAUGAGGAAGUUCAAGGCAUCGUGGGCCAGCCGUGUGCAGAGGCGGAGCUCUGCGUGCGACUCGAUCUGAACAUGCUGUCUGACCCUGAGCACCCACAAGUCCUGGAGCACCACGUCCAGCUUAAGGCUGUAGGAGGCCAACGUUCUCCUGGCGUGGAUCCUAAGCAGCUGGCCGCAGAGCUGCACAAGGUCUCCCAGCAGCAGGCGCCAGGCAUGAUGGGCGCCGGGCUCGGAGGACCCACAGGUCUGGGUGUGCUGUCGGCCCUGGAGAGAUCGGCUGUGGUCCAUUCGGGCACCGGGUCGGCCGCAUCUAGUGGGGUGCCGAGCCCCGGCCAACCCGCGUCACCUGCAAUAAAUAAGAAACAGCGACACAAGCCAACAGACAUGAUAAGGAUGUCUCAUCCCAUUACUGGAGAAAUUCAGCUCCAGAUCAACUAUGACAGGAAUGUGGGAAACCUGAUCGUUCACGUUCUCCAGGCCAGAAACCUGGCGCCGAGGGACAACGAUGGCUACUCGGACCCUUUCGUCAAGGUCUACCUACUGCCCGGGAGAGGCCAAGUCAUGGUUGUCCAGAAUGCAAGUGUGGACAACAAGAGACGGACCAAAUAUGCCCAGAAGACCAUGAACCCGGAAUGGAACCAGACAGUCAUCUACAAGAACAUCCAUCUGGAACAGCUGAAGAAAAAGACUCUCGAGGUGACAGUAUGGGACUACGACAGAUCCUCAUCCAACGACUUCCUGGGAGAAGUGUUGAUCGACUUGUCCAACACGACCCAGCUGGACAACACACCUCGCUGGUUGCCACUUAAGGAGCAGAGUGAGAGUAUUGAGCACAACAGAGCCCACCACGGGAUUCAGGGGCCGCCUGGAUCUGGAGCCGGACAGGGCCACAGUGCCCAAGGCCACCUAUCAGGGUCCGGGAUGGGGCCUGGGCACGGUAUGGGACAAGGGCCAGACCAGGGAGAAGGGAACUAUGAUUCACCCAUUAACUCCGUCAUCAAGAGCAGAAGCCAUGGAAUCUUCCCUGAUCCUUCUAAAGAUUUGCAGAUGUUGCCUUUGGAAAAGUCCCACAGCAGCCCGGGCAGUUCUAAGUCUUCUUCAGAUGGCCAGCUCCGUUCGCACGGGCCGUCGCGGAGCCAAAGCAAGAGCAGUGUUACCCAGGCCCACUUGGAGGACGCCGGGAUAGCCAUCGCCGCUGCCGAGGCUGCCGUGCAACAGUCCCGCCUGCAACCAAGACUGGGCCACCGGCUGGGUGACGUCUCAGGGCCGGUGGUGCUGUCUGCCCCCAGUCUCGUGGGCGACGCCUAUGAGGGUGGUCUAGAUGGAGGUGAAGGUGGAGGAACUGGAGUGGACAGCGCCAUAUUUCAAGUCCCGCACAUUGGUACGACUAUUCCAAACGGAACGGAUAAAAACCACAUGGGAACUCCUGAGAAUGAAGGCGAGAAGACACAAGUGAUGGGCGAGAUCAAAGUGGCUCUGAAGAAAGAGGUGAAGACGGACGGCGACCAGUUGGUCCUGGAAAUUCUGCAGUGCAGAAACAUCACUUACAAGUUCAAAAGUCCCGACCACCUGCCAGACCUGUACGUGAAGCUGUACGUGGUCAACGUGGCCACUCAGAAGAGGAUCAUCAAAAAGAAAACCAGAGUUUGCCGUCACGACCGUGAGCCUUCUUUCAACGAGACCUUCCGUUUCCCCCUCAAUCCCACAGGACACUCCAUACAGCUUUUCCUUGUAUCCAACGGGGGCAAGUUUGUGAAGAAGACCCUGAUCGGGGAGGCCUACAUUUGGCUGGACAAGGUGGACAUGAGGAAGAGGGUUGUCAGCUGGCACAAGCUGCUUGUCAGCUCAGCACCCAGCAACCUCUGAGCAGAUAACGCAAUAAUACUGAUUAUCAUCAUCAUUAUUAUUGAAAAAAGAAAGACAUAACAACUGAUACAUUGACAUCCAUGAACAUUCGGGAGGUGUGGUGUGCUAAUAACUGCCAACAUUGACUUGGACUUGUUUUUAUCCAUUGCAGAGAUUUUGGAAUGUGUUGUGAACAGAAGAAGUUACAGAGAAUAUCAAUAUAUUCACACACAGAUACAGACGUUAAAUAAUAGACGAAGUUUUGCCAAUCUUGGACAGAUUACAGUUACAGCUAGGAGACAGCGAUAUGGAAGAAUGACUAAAAUGUCUAUCAUUAGAGCUCGGAUUCACACUCAAAUUCACCAUUUGGCAUUUGUAUUAACGGCAGUGAAUGACGUCUUAAUUGAUUUGCCGAAUACGCACUUCAUAGCCCAACAAAUGAAAAAUACAAUUUGGUCAAAAUGAUGGGUAGAGAAUGGAGUGCACUUCCAUCGUGCUUUAACUUCAUCAUACGUUUACAAAGCCAUAUACACUUGUGUUAUUCAAACAUAUUGAGUGAAGCUUUCACCAGCAUGUUGACGCAGCAUAUCAACUCACGGAACCAUACAUCUAUUUUCUAUAGUGCUUGCCCUCAUUCAGGGUCCAUGUGAACUUGAACCUAUCUUAUCUGACUUUGGGCGAGAGGCAGUACCCACCCUGAGCUGGUCACCAGCCAAAUGCAGGGCACAUACAGACAUGCAUACAUUCAUUUUCUGUAGCGUUUGCAUACAUGAGGGUCCUGGAAGAGCCAGAGGCUACCUACCUGACUAGACAAAACACCCUGGAUUGGUCGCCAGUCAAUCACUCGCCACAAAUAGGCAAACGCACAUCCAUUGUCAAAAGCUUGUGUCCCUAGUUGACGGUUGUGUGAGUUGGAGGCGAUCCUAGCUGACUUGAAGUGAGUGGAGGGCACCUUUGAUUGGUCGCUAGUGAAUCGCUGGGCACCUACAGACAAACAUAGAUUAAUUUUUUAUUGGAACGGUCCUCAAAAGGGUAUUCGGAUGAGCUGGUGCCAGUCCCACCUGACUUUGUUUGAGAGGUGAGGUACACCCUUGAUUGUUCACCCAUGCACCGAGGGAAGCAUUUCAUUUUCUGUGGUUUUUGUCCUAAAUUAAUGCCCUUGAUGAGCUUGAGACUGUCAUAGCUGACUUAAGGAAAGUCAAGACGCACACCCUGGACAGGUUGCAUUUCAACUUUGGGGCACACACAGAGAAACAAGCAUUUACAUUCACACCGAUUGACAAUGUAGAGUCUUCGGUGAAUUUAGCAUGUAUUAUUUUUGUCAUGUGGAAAGAAGCUGGUGUGCUCGACUGGAAGGCUUACUCCUACUCAUUGCUCCGAAAAAAAAAAAUUCUAAAAGAUAAAAACGUUUAGAUGAUGUGUCGUCGUAGGGUCCCGACCCUUGCCCUAAAGACCUUCUGUCACUUUAAUGAGGAGAUGACACCCCACAACAAUGGUCACACGCAGCCAUAAUUUUGCACUGUACAAAUGAAGCAGUGCCGCGGGGAAUGUUCCAACACUAAAUAAUGGCUAGUGUUCAUUUUCGCCCAUCAACAGCUCCCUCCUGGUUUUACUUAGAAAGUCAAGGAUCGUGUGUGUGUGUGUGUGUGUGUGUGUGUGUGUGUGUGUGUGUGUGUGUGUGUGUGUGUGUGUGUGUGUGUGAGACUCCCGGUGCAACAUGGUGAACCAGCCUACUUCACUGCCUGUGACCAAAAAAAAAAAAAAACACACCCUGGGCACUUAAUUAGAGUGCAGGUUAACCCUGUAUACAGUCGUAACCAUAUCGAAAAAAAAUAAUAAUUACAACAAACGUGUUGAAGCAUAUCACUAAAUAUGAAGAGGCUAAGAACAAGAUGUCACUUUAACA